GCCGCGUUCAUGCACUAAGACGGACCUAGGAAACUCGGAAAUGUCCGACUUACUAACUGGUAUACACGUGCCGCCGCAACGUCUUAGCAAAAUUGAAAUUACCGAGUUUCCUAGUUCCGCCUAGUGUAUGAACGCAGCAAUAACAACGGCUCGGGGAAUUUUAACGUAGUCUACUGUCAACCUCAACAAGAGGAAAUUGGAUGUUGGACAUGAAGUUAGCUAGUUAACGUCAAAUUGAUUAAUUUGUUGUUGACAGAGCUACGGUGUGGUGGAAAUCAGUGUCAAGCCUAUUAGGCCUAACUUCACAAGUCUUGUGUGUGAGACACCUCCAAUAUUAACAUUCCAAUGCCUCUGCUAUUCCUGGAGAGGUUUCCCUGGCCCAGUCUGCAGACCUACACAGCGCUGAGUGUGGCUCUGCUGGCUGGAAGCAUCUUCAGCGCCUACACUACUGUGACAGAACAGGGGUUUGGGGUUCCAGACAUGGACGAGCCUCUACCACCUGCACCCUUAGUAGGGGAUAAUAGAGGCGGCCUAGAACAUGUGACUAGCGAUGAUGUUGUGGGUGCAGAUACAGAAUUGGCGACCACUGUUAUGUGGUACCUGGUCACUGACAGUCUCUUUGUAUGGGUGUUGGUGAAUACAGCUUUCUGUUCCCUGAUGUUAAUUGCUAAGAUGAUCCAGUGCAUGGUUUUUGGGCCCCUUCGAGUCAGUGAGAAGCAGCACCUUAAGGACAAGUUCUGGAACUUCAUCUUCUAUAAGUUCAUCUUUAUCUUCGGGGUGCUGAACGUUCAGAUGGUGGAGGAGGUGGUCAUGUGGUGUCUGUGGUUCUCUGCCCUGGUCUUCCUCCACCUCAUGGUCCAGCUGUGCAAGGACCGCUUUGAAUACCUGUCCUUCUCCCCCACUACUUCUAUGAACAGCCAUGUGCGUGUCCUUACCCUACUGGUGUCCCUGCUGCUGGGCUGCUGUGGUCUGGCUGUGGUCUGUGGUCUGCUGGGCGCUGCCCAUGGCAUGCACACCCUCUCCUUCAUGGCUGCCGAGUGUCUGCUGGUUACUGUGCGGACUGGACAUGUCAUCAUGAGGUACACCAUUCACCUGUGGGAUCUGAACCACCCAGGCACCUGGGAGAGUAAGGGUUCCUACGUCUACUACACUGACUUCAUCAUGGAGCUGUCUAUGCUGUCCCUGGACCUUAUGCACCACAUUCACAUGCUGCUCUUUGGUAAUAUCUGGCUGUCCAUGGCCAGUCUGGUGAUCUUCAUGCAGCUGAGGUAUCUGUUCCAUGAGGUGCAGCGCCGCAUCCGACGCCACAAGAACUACCUCCGUGUCAUCAACAACAUGGAGGCCAGGUUUGCAGUGGCCACAGCCGAGGAAUUGGUAGCCAACAAUGAUGACUGUGCCAUCUGCUGGGACACCAUGCAGACAGCACGUAAACUGCCCUGCGGACACCUCUUCCACAAUUCCUGCCUGCGGUCGUGGCUGGAGCAGGACACAUCGUGUCCAACAUGCAGGAUGUCCCUGAACAUCAGUGGUGAUGGAGGCCCGGCCAGAGGCCAGCAGCAGGGGGCUGGCCUCCCACUGGAGAACAACCUGGGCCCUGGGGGCCCCGCUGCAGACGCCAGACCACACCUCAACCAACACAAUCACUUCUUCCACUUUGAUGGCUCCCGCAUCGCCAGCUGGCUGCCUAGUUUCUCAGUAGAGGUGAUGCACACAACUAACAUCCUGGCUAUCGCUCAGCAGGCCAACAACUCUCAGCUCAACACCAUGGCCCAUCAGAUCCAGGAGAUGUUUCCUCAGGUUCCCUACCACUUGGUGCUGCAGGACCUGCAGUUGACCCGCUCUGUGGAGGUCACCACCGACAACAUCCUGGAGGGACGCAUCGUGGUGCCCUUCCCUGCUCUGGCGGCUGAGCGUUCCCCUGUGCAGGUGAACCCAGGCCCAGAGGAGGGGGCAGGAGCCAGUGGGGGGGUGGAUACUGCUCCCAGAGAGCUGAACAACCUGGAGGUCAGAGGGAGCCGUUUCUCCAAGUCUGCAGAGGAGAGACAGAAGAUGCUGCUACAGAGGAAGGAUGAGCUGCUGCAACAGGCACGCAGGAGAUACUUGAGAAAGAGCCCAGAGGACGAGGAGGACCUGCCCACUCUGGAGGAAGACGCCCCUGUCUCAGACGUGACCAUGCUGAGACGCAGGACCAUGGCAGCAGCUGCAGAGAGACGCAUGCAGAGCCAACCAGACCCUGCUCCCUGAGACUAUACUGGACUGUAAACUCCCACCGACAGUCUCGCCUCGAACCCACACCUAAUGCCCUUGGAGUGUCCACCAAACUCCUCACGUCCCACCUAAGAGGCACCUCCACUGAAAGAGCUCUUUACAUUAUAUGAUCAAUGGAAUUACCUAAAUAAAAACAUUACAUUACAAAGUGUUACAAGAAGCAUGGGCUUUGGCUGCACAUGGCACAGGAGCUCUGCUGUUUUAGGCUCCCAUAGUGAGAUAUGAGAACUGGGCCUUGGGAAUGGUACCAGCCUCCUCUGAACUUUCACCAGGCACCAGAGGCUUAAUUGGACAUGGAUCACCAGUGUUUUAAAGGAGUGGUGGGUGUCUGUCUGUCUGAGUUUCUGAAGUGCAAACCUGUCAUCACAUAGCUCUAGCCCCCCAGCUUCACUAGACUUACCUGCCAUUCUCUUUACUGGCCAUGAUGGGGAAGGAACGAGCAUGGCGUCACAGUCCGAGGAUGCUGCUGAGGUUAGUUAGGGUUUGUUAAGGUGCUGUUUCUACAUACAGCUCAUAGUGUAAUGGAGUGGGACAUAGUUUGUAUUGGUUUUAUUCAACAACAAAAAUAUUUGUGUUAUAAUGGGUUGAGAUUGAUAUAUGAGAUUGAUUCAUUUGUUGGGUUGAUAACAAACUGAUGUUAUUUUAUAAAAAUGGAGUGAAAACUGUGAAUUAAUUUAAUAGAUUAAAACAUUGUGAACCUUUUUUUAUUUUAAUUAAGAGAAUGUCACUUUAGUAUUACAGCCUCUUUGAAAUAUGAAUGUACUUUAUCUUUAUUUAACUAGGCAAGUCAGUUAAGAACAAAUUCUUAUUUUCAAUGACGGCCUAGGAACAAUGGGCUCACUGCCUUGUUCAAGGGCAGAACGACAGAUUUUGUACCUUGUCAGCUCUGGGGUUUGAACUUGCAACCUUCCGGUUACUAGUCCAAAGCUCUAACCACUAGGCUACCCUGCCGCCCCAUAAUGCUGCAGAGAGAGUAGAAGAGUUUAAAUUCUGGCCGUUGUGGAGACCUGGAUGUCACAUAUCCACCUAAGAAAGAACACUAACUAAAUAGGAAGACAGACAGUAAAACUCACCAGUACAGAGAUAUAGAGUGGCUCCCUGACCUCUAGGUCAACCAGUGGUUUCUAUCUGCAGUCUGUAUACCUUGAAAACUUCCCAAAGCAUACCUACACUGUAUUAAACAUCCAUUGAUAGAGGUACAGAAGACUGUAUGGGCUCAGGAGUUGGGUUGAGGUUUGAAUACUGAUGAACCUAUCUGAUUCACUCACUCACACUCCAUGUACUGGUAGGUUCAUUCUUGCAGACGAUAUAUAGGCCUAUGUGUUGGAUGUCUUUGAUAACUAAAGGCUUUUUAAAGUUGAGUGGGUGUUGUGUGUGAAUCACAAUGGAAUGCUUUAGUUUCCUUUUACCCCAAAGAACAUUGAUCCCAUGAACUUCCACAUGAUGCAGAUGUCUUUCUUUGAGAUGAGCAUAUUUUUGUGUGUUUGGUUGAUGCAAAAUAUUUCUCUUUCAGCUUGUUUCAUCUGUGGGAUUGUAAGAAGUUUCUACUAACUGUGUUUCAGUGAUGCACCUUUUGUCAAAAACAAAAUACACCAGUCUGUUUUUCAUUGUUUCAAGCUAUUUAUUGAUCAACUCAUAUUUUCAUAUCCAUGUCAUAUUUUUAUAUUCACAAGAGGUUAUUUUUGUAACCAUUGUAUAUUUGAUCUAAUCAAAAACAUGAAUUAAUCUUUUGGACUGAGCUUUCCUCAUAUUUUGUGCCUAAAUCAAGAAUAGUUAUAUGGUUUAAUUGUGUAAAUAAUGUAGUUUUUGUAAGAACUGCUCAAGUAACAUGAACAAAUUAUCAAUAAUAAACAGAGCUUCUCUACA